AAGUUUCCGGGGCUGGGCGCAGACGCACCCCCGGAAAAGGCCUGGGAGCGAAAGAGAUCCCUUGUUGGAGAAGCCGCUGGAAACCACCAGGUAGCCACUGGUGGGGUCCUGAAAGGUCCCUUCCCGGGAUGCUAUGGAGUUCCCGGAGCACAGCCAGCAGUUGCUCCAGAGCCUCCGGGAGCAGCGUUCCCAGGGUUUUCUUUGUGACUGUACCGUGAUGGUGGGUAGCACCCAGUUCUUGGCCCAUCGGGCUGUGCUGGCUUCCUGCAGCCCCUUCUUCCAACUUUUCUACAAAGAGCGAGAACUGGACAAGAGGGACCUGGUGUGUAUCCAUAACGAGAUUGUCACAGCACCAGCUUUUGGGCUGCUUUUGGACUUUAUGUACGCCGGCCAGCUGGCCCUGUGGGGCGAUACCCCAGUGGAGGAUGUGCUGGCAGCAGCCAGCUACUUACAUAUGAAUGACAUCGUCAAGGUGUGUAAGCGCCGCCUGCAAGCCCGAGCGCUGGCAGAGGCAGAUAGCACCAAGAAGGAGGAGGAGACCAAUCCGCAUCCCCCUAACUUGGAGUUUUUGUCCAACACCUCCCAUGGCCUGCAGCCUUCAUUGGCUUCUGCAGAGACAUCGGGCUCCUGGGGCAAAGGAGACUGGAAAGGUCCUGCGGCUCCCUCACCUGCUGCCUGUCCUCCAGAUGAGCCACCAGUGCCAGGUGGAGCUGACACGACACAGCCUGGCAUGGAAGUCGAUUCGCCGCAUCUCCAGGCGCCGCCUCCACCUGUGACUGAUGUAGCUCUUGCCAGCCCCAGUAGCUCCACAGAAACCAUUCCUGCCAGCUACUUCUCUCCUGGCCUCUCAGCUGUUGCAGCGGAACCCAUGACUCCCCUUGACGUGGGGCCCGAGGGCCUAAGGGUGGUAGAGUCCAGAGGUCCCGCAGGGCCACUGCAAGGUUUCUAUCCCCCGGUGCCAGCUCCAGCCCCAGAUCUGCCGCAGGCUGCAGCCCCAGCUGAAGCGGAGUUGGUCCAAGUGAAAGUAGAAGCUAUUGUGAUCUCCGAUGAGGAGCCAGAUGUGUCAGAGGAACAGCCGCCUCAGGGUCCUGGGGAACUGUUCCCGCCUGCAGGAGCAGUGUUUGGGGGGCGGCCUCCCCAGCCAGAGGCUUUUGAGGAGCCAGGGCCAGCAGGCCUGGAGGAGGUGGGGCCAAGUGACCAGUUCUCACCCCCAGAUCUUCAUCUCCCCUACCAUCUGUUGCCAGGCCCAGGGCAGUAUCCUCGAGGUCUGGUGACCUCACCUCUGCCCGCACCCCCUGCUCUGCAAGAACCACUUUACAUGCCUUCCGAGUAUGAUGCAGCACCUGGAAGCUUUGGGGUUUUUACGGAAGAUGUCCCCACCUGUAAGACGUGUGGUAAGACCUUCUCAUGCUCUUACACACUGCGGCGACACGCCACGGUGCACACCCGCGAGCGACCCUACGAAUGUCGCUACUGCCUGCGCAGGUACACGCAGUCAGGGGACCUCUACCGCCACAUCCGCAAGGCCCACAAUGAGGACCUGGCCAAGCGCAGCAAACCAGACCCAGAGGCCAGCCCCCUUCUUGGAGGGCAGCCCCUGCCCAGCUCUCCUACUGCGGACAGACACAGCAACGGGGGUGGAGGGCCACCCAAAGAGUUUGUGCUUGGCCCCAAAAAAUAA